AGCCAAAGGUGUCAUCCCACUGGCUGCGCCAUUUCGCCGAAGAGACAGAAGCGUUGAAGAAGAUCAUUCGAGUCGCAGAGCCAGAGGAGGUGACCUGAGAUCACACACUUACCCCCCUUUUGAUCAUCUUCCUCACGAUCAUCACCAUGUGGAGAAGAAUCGUCUCGUCUCAUCUCAAAACCCUAGCUACAGCAUCCGAUUCCGCCGCCGCUGCUUCCUCUCGCCGAUUGGUCGUCUCCAAGCCUGUCGGCCUCCAUCUCUCCACCAAUCGAUCAACCAUUUCCGCUUCUUCAUCUGUGUUCCCUCGCCAUUUCAGCUCCGCAUCAGCAGAAACAUCUGUGAAGAAGAAUGUGCAGGAUGUAAUGCCUAUCGCAACUGGACAUGAGAAAGAGGAGCUUGAAGCUGAACUUGAGGGAAGGAGGCUGCUUGACAUCGAUUACCCUGAAGGUCCUUUUGGUACAAAGGAAUCUCCCGCUGUUGUAAAGUCCUACUAUGACAAGAGAAUUGUCGGAUGCCCUGGUGGUGAAGGCGAGGAUGAACACGACGUAGUAUGGUUCUGGCUAGAGAAAGGAAAGUCAUUUGAAUGUCCAGUGUGCACUCAAUACUUCGAGCUCGAAGUGGUUGGUCCAGGAGGACCACCAGAUGGUCACGGUGACGAUGAAGACCACCACCAUUGAUUCGUCGAGUCCUUUAAACUCAACCGCGAACUAUUUUCUUCUAUAUUAGUGUGAGUGGAAUAAAUAUAUCUCGUUGGUGAAAACGCUUGAAUAUGUUUUUUUGGAUCCUCGAGAGGACAUCACCACUUUUAUUUGCCUCUAGACUCUUAACCCUUUUUUUUUGCUUUAAAAUAAUCACUUGAGUCCAGAAUCAUUCCCUCUUUUUUGGAAUUAUAAUAUAUAGUUUUUGGUGUUCA